UGGGUCCAGCCGCCGCGCUUUCCCGCUCCCGCAGCAGCAGCCGUCUGCGUCGCUGUUCUUGUUGCUAUCGACCUCGCAGCGCGCCCCUCGGAACCCGCGCCUCGCCAUGCCCAACAUCGUGCUCUUCAGCGGCAGCUCUCACCAGGACCUGUCCCAGCGCGUGGCCGACCGCCUGGGCCUGGAGCUGGGCAAGGUGGUCACCAAGAAGUUCAGCAACCAGGAGACGAGCGUUGAGAUUGGUGAAAGUGUGAGAGGGGAAGAUGUCUAUAUCAUCCAGAGUGGCUGUGGAGAAAUCAAUGACAACUUGAUGGAACUGCUCAUCAUGAUCAAUGCCUGCAAGAUUGCCUCAUCAUCCAGGGUGACUGCAGUGAUCCCAUGUUUUCCAUAUGCCCGACAAGAUAAAAAGGACAAGAGUCGUGCUCCAAUUUCUGCAAAACUUGUGGCUAACAUGCUCUCGGUUGCUGGGGCUGAUCACAUCAUCACCAUGGAUCUGCAUGCCUCUCAGAUACAGGGAUUCUUUGAUAUUCCUGUGGAUAACUUAUAUGCAGAGCCUGCAGUUCUGCAGUGGAUUCGGGAGAAUAUCACCGAGUGGAAGAACUGUAUUAUUGUUUCACCGGAUGCAGGGGGAGCCAAGAGGGUCACAUCAAUUGCAGACAGAUUGAAUGUGGAAUUUGCUUUGAUUCACAAAGAGAGGAAGAAAGCAAAUGAAGUGGACCGGAUGGUUCUGGUGGGAGAUGUGAAGGACCGCGUAGCCAUUCUCGUGGAUGACAUGGCUGACACAUGUGGUACCAUCUGCCAUGCUGCUGAUAAACUACUGUCAGCUGGAGCCACCAAAGUUUAUGCUAUCCUUACUCAUGGGAUCUUCUCUGGGCCAGCUAUUUCCAGAAUCAACAGUGCUUCCUUUGAGGCUGUUGUUGUCACAAACACAAUUCCACAAGAGGACAAGAUGAAACACUGCUCCAAGAUUCAGGUGAUUGACAUUUCAAUGAUCCUGGCCGAGGCAAUCCGAAGAACACACAAUGGGGAAUCCGUGUCUUAUUUGUUCAGCCAUGUGCCGCUGUAAAUGCAAACUGAGAAGUGUCGAGCAGGCCUCCUCAGACUUCUCACUUGAUUUAUUUGCUUUUUAGCAUUAGGACUAAGCAAUGAUAGGCUAUUCACUGGCAAAAGCAUCAGAUCUUUGUAUACUCUGAGAUUCAUUGUUUCCCCUUGUGAAGCCCGAGACUAUUUCUUUCUGGUUUAUUGGGGGAAAGGUGGUGGUUAUUUGGUCUUUAAGUGAACCAUCUUAAAUGAAUAAUGUUUUUUAUCAUCCUGACUUGUUCUGAUAGGUGAUCUUUUCCUUUGUUCUUUUAGUAUUUUGAGGCAACAACUUUCAAGUAUAAGAUUCCAUUGUGGAAAUACAUCUUUUAUAUAUUUUGAGGUUGCCAAAGGUGACUUCACAUUAAAGCCUACUGUGUAAAUAUAUAAUGCCUAUGGACAUUUGGGUAAAACCCUGUAUAGCCCUUUACUUUGGAAUAAAUCUUAGAAAAUUUAUAAUACCAAGAAUUUUAAAUUUUUCUCUUUUUUUUUCCUUUUUUAAAAAUGGUAUCUGGGUUUUAAAUAAACCAUCUUAACUGUGCCUAAUUUGGACCAAAUUUUAUUUAGCUAAAGAUGACCACUGACAUGUUAAUUUUUGGUAGACAUUAGACAUUUCAAAGGCAAUAUAGUUCUGUAUCAUUUUUAUUCCCACUUUUAAGUUAUGUUAUAACUAUCACUGGAAAUGUCAUAUCCUAAAACUUCAGAUUUACAUUCUACAAUCAUUCUAAUUUAUAAACCAUUUUGAGUUGUGGUUUCUGAGCUCAGGGUCAUAUUUACACUCUCCUCUGUCCACCCUAGAUGGAUAAUUCUUUGGGAUGUACCUUGUGUCCCUGUCAUCAUGUUCCUUUACCCCAUAUUUUUUAUCUAUAGCUUUUACUUAGUAUUUUUCCAGUAAUUUCACUUUAGGAUUUCUACCAAAAUCAAAGACUCUCUUAAAUCCCCUCAAAUUUACUAAGGUGAUCAUUUUAUAUAUUGCUUUUGACAUAUAUAAAAGUGGAUUUUUUAUGAGUGCUGUCAAAUGCUUAUUUUGAACAUUAUCUCAUGAGCUUUGAUUAAAUAUUCUUUUGCCCUUUAUAAUUGGAAAUAGUAGGUCUCUGGCAAACAAGUACCUUAACUAAAGCUGUUACACCAAAAAAAACGUGUGUAGGAGAGGCCUAUGGAAAGUAAACAUAAGUUGCUCCAUUAGGAUAAUGUUCAAAAAGUGGCUCAAAAGUGAUUGUGAAGGGAAAAUACACUGAAGAUUGCAUUCUCCAUAAAUGGCCCUUAAUAACAUCCUCAUAAGUGAAGUGCCUUGCUGUCUCUGAAUUUAUUAUAUGCAAUUUUGGUGGACAACCAACCAAAUUCUUCAGUCCCCAAAGAACAGGAUUCUCAUGCAUAGACGAAGCCUAGGAAUGAGAAAAAAAAAUCCCCUCUGCUGAAUCUUUUCUUUUUUGUCCUUUGUUUUUUUGGAACUGGGGAUUAAAACCCCCUCUACUGAAUCUUAAAACUGAUAGAAAAUAAAUGUUCUGAUCAAAAUUCUGCGGGUGGAAAAAUCAAAUCUAAGUCAUUAACAAACUUGACCAGCUGUCUUUAGGGUUUCAAACUUCAAGACAGCAGAAGUUGAAGUUAGAAAAUAAAACUUAAGUUGUUACCGAAACUAGCAUUUUGUUAUAUUUUAAAGUGGUUUUUGCAAAAGAAUUUUGGAGCCUGGUAAAAAUUCAGCUCUGCAGUGCAGAUUGACUGUGUCUAGAAAGAGUUGACUGGAGAUGUAUAAAGAACCUAUAUUGAUGCUUUAUGAUUUCCCUUUUUGAUAAAUGUAUGACAUCUGUAUUUUUUGGAAUUUCUAUGCUUGUACGAAAUGAAGACAAUUGUAAACGUUUAUGUAGACAGUUUGACAUGCAAGUAUGCAAGUUCAGGUGUGUUGACUAAAGCCAGUUAAUUUAAAGGUAACCAUUUUAUCUGAGAAACUGAAAGUUUAAGAAUGUAUAGAACUAGUUUUCUAAUAAUGAUUUCCAGAUUUUAAAAAAUGGUUACUAUCAUUAUUAAGCCCCACUUGUACAAUUCAAAAUACUCCUGAAUGCAUUUAUGAACUAAUUAGACUGAACUUACCUUACACUGUGGAAAUGCAGGCUUUAGCUAUUCAGUGGUUUUCAGUCACCGGAGGUGAUGAAAAGUGCCUCGUGAAUAGCUUAAUCCCCAGAACUUUCUUGUUCCUUGCUGUUCAUGGUGUGCAGACUUAAUAAGUGAGGCCAUCAAAUGUAUCAGUCUUGUCCAACUCUACUGAAUAGGGGUAAACUUCACAUAUAUCUAGCCAAAAAGGGGAGCCACCAAAAUAUGAAUAUGCCAAAGUUGUUUAGCCUCCAAUUUAAAUUAUACUAGUCAACUUAUAGAUAUUCACAUGAUAACUAUCCUUUAUUAGAUAUGAUGUCAACUAGAUUCAGGAAUGUAUCAUUGCAGUGCUUGCAUUGGUUAGAAUCUAGGAUUUUAAGAUCCUACAGUGUACUAAAACAUUUCAAUAAAAUCCU